ACAGCAUCAACUGUUCUGAGCCGAGUUUGAUCAAAACAAUAACAGAGGAAACGCGAAUUUGUUUUAUAAUCCGAGAAUAAAGAGAAACCGGGGAAUAAGGACCCGUCGGACAAACUUGCGUUUCGUCUGAACCUCCUCACCUUCAGACAACGUUAGGUUAUUCUUUCCUGUUGGUCAGCAAAAUGGGCCGCAUCUUCCUAGAUCACAUUGGUGGGACUCGCCUCUUCUCCUGCGCCAACUGUGACACCAUCCUGACCAACAGGGCUGAGCUCAUCUCCACGCGCUUCACCGGAGCCACUGGCCGAGCUUUCCUGUUCAACAAGGUGGUGAAUCUGCAGCACAGUGAGGUCCAAGACAGAGUCAUGCUGACAGGAAGACACAUGGUGCGGGAUGUCAGCUGCAAAAACUGCAACAGCAAACUAGGCUGGAUGUAUGAGUUUGCCACCGAGGAAAGCCAGCGUUACAAGGAGGGCCGUGUCAUCCUUGAGAGGGCGCUAGUGAGAGAGAGCGAAGGCUUUGAGCAUGUUUCUUCUGACAAUUCCUGAGUUCACUUCUGUUACCAUUCAGAUGCUCAAUCCAUGCACACUACAGAUAUUCCUCCAGCAGCAGUGCAUGGACAUGCAUGGACAGCGUGCCAUUUGCAAGUAGAGCUACACCAAAAGAAAAUCACAGGCUGGCAGUUUGUGGAAAGUUUAAGCAAGAAGUGGUGCACAUUUUCCCAUAACUUUAAACAUUUUAUUCCAGGAGCUCAGACACAUAAAUUAUUGUGCAGGGAAUUGUAUAGCCAAUAACAGCGCUGAUGAAUGUGGAUGCUAAAGAGAAGACUGUUAGAUCUGAUUUAAUGAAAAAAAAUCUGUUUGCUUAAAGAGUUAGUCAUUAGGUGGUAUGGUGCAAUACAUUCCUUUUUCUGGCAAGGGUUCAAUGUCAUAUGCCAGAAAUUCCUUACAAGUUAUUUUUCUUUAAUAUUAGCUGUACGAGAGUGUUUCACAGAAGAAAAGAUUAUUGAUGAACGUUCUUUCAUCAUAAUAUUAUUGAUGUUAUUUAUCAAAGAAGCAGGCAUCAAUUUUGAACUAGUAAGAGUUUGUAUAUCCCUACUUUAUUUUCACCUCAUGAUAAAUAAUAAAAAAGAUGAUCAGAACAUGGUUUACAGUGAUGGAAAAAAAGACAGCUUUUGUCUUUUGCAUUUCAGUACACUUUUGCUGCAAACAUCUUUUGCCUUCCACUGGAUUUUCAGAUCUUAUUUCCAUGUGUUCUGUGAUGUCAUUUUUAACCAUUUAAUUUAACUUUUUCACAGUGAUUUGUUUUUCAGUUAAUCAAAUGUUUAGCUUGACUGGUGGUAAUUAGAAAAUUAUUUGAAUGGAAACUUAGAACAUGUUUUUUGUCAAAAUAAAUUCAAU